GUCACGGGCGAACCUCGGGCGGUGAAGGCGAAGCUGCAGGAGAUCGCCACAGUCCUGGAGAAGUCCGACGCUUGGACGCGCGAUGUGGUGCGCGAUGCUGUUCUGGCCGUGCUGGCGGCCGUGCUGGCUCGGCUGGGCUCGGGGGUGGGUGCGGAUGAGGGUGGUGAACGGCCAG